GGUGGGUGUCCUGCAAAGAUGACGGCUCCAUCAUGUGCAACCUUUAGGCCGGGAGCCUCAUUCGAAUCAAGCCCAAGCCCUUAUCAAGAAAGGUUCUGGCGAUGAUGGGUUUGAUCACGAGUUCCUUGUUUUUAUCAAGUCGCCCACGAUGGCCGAGAGAAGUCUGAGAAGAGCGGCAACUGCCCCCGUGGCAGGCCGCUUGAUUAUGACCCCUCCAGCCGCAACUCACACCCCAAAUCAUAGCCGUGCUAAUAGAGCCUUCGGAAUUCAUAGGCGGCAUAUGGACCAUAUGAUAUCCGAAGUGAGGAAUCGACAUCUCUCAGCGCCGAACCUCUCGACCACCACCGACCAUCAAAGCUCCACGGGAUCCGAGGAGACUUUGACGCCUACUUCAAGUGACAGUCGUGAAGAAGCUCAAGGCUCGCCAGCGGAAGUGCCCGCUUCGGGAUGGCGGGGUCUCGUCGGCAGACUCCUUGCUCACCCCCCUUUUCAAGCGAACACCAAACAGAAUGCGGAAGCUGAGGAAAAUGGAGGAUAUAGCAGAGUGAAACAUAAAAAGCUUGAAGACCAUGUCGCUGGUACACCCCGCUUCGCAGCCCUACUCAAUUCAAACGAAAGCUUUUGUAUCUUCCGCAAAUUUGGAGAUGAAGCCGCGCGUAUCCUCUUAAGAAGGGAAAUCGAAUUGUGCCAACUUGCCACGAAACUCGACGAGCUCAACAAGACGGACUUCGAAGGUAGUUUGAAAUACAGACUUACCACCUUCGACCAUGAUGAGAGUUGGGAUCCGGCACAACAAGAACUGCUGGACAAGAUUGAAGUCAAGUUAGAUGCGUACUAUGGCUUUCUGUUGAAGUAUACCGAUGUGAGAGCUUUACCAAAAGUGCCAAUACGCUACCACAAGAGUGUUCAUAAUUGGGUAUCUGGCAAUGGUCCGCUUAACAAAGGAGAGGAGACUUUCCUAAAUAAUCGCGACGACUUCGUCACAGCUAGACGGACACCCGAGACGAAGAACCUGAUUGAAGAUGUAGUAGAGGAAUACGUCACCAAGAACCCUGGCUCUAGUCUAAAUGGUUUGCUAGGAGGCGAGGAAGAAAAAGAAACGCCAGACGGUCCCACAGUAGUCCAUUUGUCAACGUUCCGGUUCGAUAUGCUUUCCAAACUCUCGGCAGCAUUUCUUGCUGUUGGAUUCGUCCUUGCACCAGUGUGUAUUCUGUUUCUUGCCAACCUUGGCCGGGAAAAAAUGGCGGCAGUGAUGGGGGUAUUCGUUCUCGUGUUCCUUUUUGGUGCAUCCUUAGUCGUAGAUCUGACAGCCCAGGAGAUAUUUGUCUUCGUAGUUGGGUAUGCAAGGGAAAUCGAGCAAAUGUGA